AUGACACUGAGAAUUAUCGGUUAUGGCACAAAAGCUUAUCACCAAAUGGUUGCAUUACGUUAUGACGUAUUACUCAAACCAUUAGGACGCAAAUUUACAGAUGAAGAACUUGCCAAAGAUAAAAAAGAUUUGAUGGUUGGACAUUACGACGCCAAGGAUCAAAUUAACGGUUGUUGCAUUAUGAGUGACGAAACUACAAAUCCCAAUGUGAAAACCGGUCGUUUCAGACAAAUGGCGGUGCACGAUCCAUUACAACGUCAAGGAAUCGGCCGAAAAGUAUUAACGUAUUCAGAAGAUAUUGCUCGUCGAAAUGGUUAUCACCUUCUGACGAUGAAUUCGCGAAAAACCGCUGUUCCAUUUUAUGAAAAAUGCGGCUAUAAAGUUUGCAGUGAAGAGUUUAAGUCGGGAAUCACUGGUUUGCUACAUUUAAAGAUGAAAAAACAACUUUGA